CACAAAAGCCUAAAGUUGCCACACAUAAGAUAACAAAAAGAUAGAUAGAAAGAGAGGAGAGAGAGAGAGUGUAAUAUGGCUUUAGAAACACUUUCUUCCAAUGAACUCCUCAACUUCAUAAUCUAUGACACCAUCUCUGCAACCCCUUUUACCUGCAAUGACUCAUCUGAAACCACUACAACUAACCCUUGUAGCAGCUUCUUCUUCCAUAUCCAAAACCAGAACUCUAACCCUAACCCUAAUCCAAUAUCUCAACAACUUGCAGGAACUGCCAUGGAGAUUAUGAGUUCUAAUUCUUCUCUCACAACAACCACUGCAAAGAUGUCUAUGGCUGUGCAAGCUUACUGCAGUGGCAAUAUAGCAGAAAAGAAUUACACUAACAACAACAAUAAUAAUAAUAAUAUUCAGAAUUUAGGGGUGCAGAAGAAGAAAAGGAGAAGAAGGUCUAGGGUUUGCAAGAACAAAGAAGAAGCUGAAACUCAAAGAAUGACCCACAUUGCCGUUGAGAGAAAUCGCCGGAAACAAAUGAAUGAACAUCUAGCUGUGUUGCGGUCUCUCAUGCCGGAAUCUUACGUCCAAAGGGGUGACCAAGCUUCCAUAGUUGGUGGUGCAAUAGAAUUUGUGAAGGAGCUUGAACAUCUCUUGCAAUCUCUUGAAGCUCAAAAGUUUGUCUUUACUCAACAACAAGAAGAAGGUGGUGGAGAAGAUGGUAAUUUCACAAAAUUAACAUCAUCAGCUGCCCCACCAUUUUCACAGUUUUUUUCCUACCCACAAUACACUUGCUCUCAAAUUCCCAACAAGUACACUUCUAAAAGCAAGGCAGCCGUUGCCGACAUCGAGGUUACUUUGAUCGAAACACACGCUAAUCUUCGGAUCCUCUCGCGAAAACGGCUCAAUCAAGUCUCCAAAAUGGUGGCUUGUUUUCAAACACUUCAUUUGUCUGUACUACACCUCAAUGUCACCACCUUGGACCCUUUGGUUCUCUACUCCAUCAGUGUUAAGGUGGAAGAAGGAUGCAGACUCAACUCAGCAGAUGAGAUAGCAGGUGCAGUCCACCAGAUGCUUAGAAUAAUUGAGGAGGAAGCUACCCUAUGUGUUGAUUCCAUAAACUAGAAAUAGCUGCUUGUGUGUUAUCAUUUUACCCCUUUGGGCUUCUGUAAAAUCACCAUAAUGCCUCUCUCUCUCUCUCUCUCUCUAAGUGCACAGUAGAAUCUGCUCUUAUGUAUCACAGUAGUUGUCUCUAGUUGAGUUAGAUGUUUUCAAAGAUUAACUGAGUGAUGUGAGUUGAAUGGUGAAUUAUUUAUGCUAUGAUCAACAUGUAUAAAAUUAUUAUUGAAUGGCAUUUUGAGCCAUAGUAUGCA